AUGUCUAAACUGAGUCCUCCUCUGGAGAGUAAAAAGAGGGGCUCAGUCUGUGAAAGGUGUUACCUUGGAGAGUGUGAUGGAGCUGCUUGUAGGCCAAGGAUCACAGAACUCCUUCAGAGGGCCACCAAGGAGGAAUCAGAUCCACCAGCACCAACCUGUGAUUCAGUGAAGAGUGAUGACUCAAUGUUUCAGGGCAUCAAUUUCAGUCUAGGACAACCUACAGGCGCUAAAAGUGAGAUAACAGUCUGUGUGCUGGAGGAGGAUCUUUUCCAGUGUGACAUGUGUAAGGAGAAGAAGAAGGACCUAGUCUUUAUUCCCAGUGAACACAGAUACUGCAGACAGUGCAUCUGUAAAUGGGACGUGUGUGAAGAGUUCAGCCCUGUUCACCCAGACCACACAGUUCAGUCCCAUUCACCCAGACCACAGUACACUGGACCCGGAGAUGUAGCCUGUGAUUUCUGCACUGGGAGAAAGCUGAGAGCUGUGAAGUCCUGUCUGACCUGCCCUGCCUCCCUCUGUGAGAACCAUGUCAGGCAGCACUACACAAUACCAGCACUGCAGAGACACACACUGGUGGAGGUGAGUGGAGACGUGGAGCAGAGACUCUGUCAGCAGCACCACAGAGCUCUGGAGGUGUUCUGUAAAACUGACCAGACACACAUCUGUAAAGUUUGUGCAGUGGAGGAGCACCAAGGCCACAGUAAACUCUACAGAGAGAUUUUUGGUGUAACAGACACUCCAGGCUUUCUCAAACUCAUUGUUGGGAAGAUGAAGAAAAACAAAUUAAAGACUUUUAAAUUACAACUUAAUGAGAGUUACCCAGACUGCUUAGGGAGUCAGCUGGAAGAUCUUGAUGUGUGUGGUGUUGUCGAAAAGAUGUUAGAGAGCCUUGGAAGAGAGGAGGCUUUAAAGAUCACUUUCACUUUCUCGGAUACUGAAGAUAUAUCAUCACAAGGAAAGCUGACAUUUUUGAAUGAGAUCUACACAGAGCUCUACAUCACAGAGGGUGGAAGUGGAGAGGUCAAUAAUGAACAUGAGGUCAGACAGAUUGAGAUGACCUCCAAGAGACAAACCACUCGAGACAUACCAAUCAAACUCUGUGACAUUUUCAAAACAUUUCCUGGGAAAAAUAAACAAAUCAGAACAGUGCUGACAAAGGGAAUAGCUGGAAUUGGAAAGACUGUCUCUGUGCAAAAAUUCAUUCUUGACUGGGCUGAAGGAAAAGCCAAUCAAGACAUCGCAGUCAUAGUCCCUCUGCCUUUCAGGGACCUUAAUCUGAAGAAAGAGAACUACAGUCUCAUCCAGCUUCUUCAUCAAUAUGCUCCAGAGCUGAAAGAGAUAAAAGACAUUGAAGAUGAAAUAAUCAAAUUACUCUUGAUUUUUGAUGGUUUGGAUGAGUGUCAGUUUCCUCUAGAUUUCCAGAACAAUGAACUCUGCUAUGAUGUGACAAAGUCAACGUCAUUGGAUGUGUUGUUGACAAACCUCAUCAAGGGGAAUCUGCUUCCCUCUGCUCUCCUCUGGAUAACCUCACGACCAGCAGCAGCCAAUCAGAUCCCUUCUGAGUGUGUCCACCAGGUCACAGAGAUCCGUGGGUUUAAUGAUCAUCAGAAGGAGGAGUACUUCAGGAAGAAAAUCAAUGAUCAGAGCCUGGCCAACCGAAUCAUCAAACACAUCAGGUCAUCAAGGAGCCUCUACAUCAUGUGCCACAUUCCAGUCUUCUGUUGGCUUUCAGCCACUGUGCUUGAGAAUAUGAUGAGUGAUGAAAGCAACAGUGAAAUCCCAAAAACUCUGACUGAGAUGUACACACACUUCCUGCUCAUUCACAUCAGUCUGAAGAAUAAGAAGUACCAUGGAACCACCAUGGAAAACCCAAAGAAGCUGUCUGAGUCAGACAAAGAGAUGAUUCUGAAAUUAGGAAAACUGGCUUUCCAACAGCUAGAGAAGGGUAAUCUGAUAUUCUAUGAAGAGGACCUGAGAGAGUGUGGCAUUGAUGUGAAUAAAGCUUCAGAGUACUCUUCAUUGUGUACAGAGAUCUUUAGAGAGGAGUUGGGAUUGUACAGGGAGAAGGUUUUCUGUUUUGUACAUCUGAGCAUUCAGGAGCAUCUUGCUGCAGUGUAUGCACAUGUUUCAUGUUUAAAUGAGGAAAAAAAUGUUUUUGAUGUAGAAGAAAUCAAAAACCACAGAGACAAAUCAAUACUUUUUGAGCUACAGCAGAUGGCAGUAACCAGAGCCCUGCAGAGUAAGAAUGGACACCUUGACCUUUUCCUUCGGUUCCUUCUUGGUCUCUCACGAGACUCCAACCAGACUCUCCUUCACGACCUCAUGACAGAGACCUGCUCUAAAAUGCAAACAUGCAGUACUAGGGAGGCCACUGAAUUCAUAAAAAUGAAAAUCAGAGAGGAAUCCUCACCAGAGAGGAUCAUCAAUCUCUUCCACUGUCUGAAUGAGCUGAAUGACAACUCUUUAGUGGAAGAAAUCCAGACUGUCUUCAGAUCAGGAACUCGAUCAGAUAAAGUGCUGGAACCAGACCAGUGUUCAGCUCUGGCCUAUAUGUUACUGAUGUCAGAAGAGGUACUGGAUGAGUUUGAUCUGAAGAGUUACAAAACAUCCGCAGCGGGUAGACAAAGGCUUCUCCCAACAGUAAGGAAUUGCAGAAGGGCCAGACUGUACCAUUGUGGUCUCUCCUCCGAAUCCUGUGUAACUGUGGCCUCAGCUCUUCAGCUGUUGAACUCACCCCUGGCAGAAUUAAAUCUUGGUGCAAAUGACCUGAAAAAUUCAGGAGUGCUACUGCUCUGUUCUGGACUAAUGAGUCAAAAUUGCCAACUGCAAACACUUGGACUAAAGAAGUGUAGUCUCACAGAUGGCUGCUGUGUAGAUCUGGCCUCAGUACUGAAAUUUCCCCACUCUAACCUGAGAGAACUGGAUCUGAGAGACAAUGACCUGCAGGAUUCAGGAGUGAAGCUGCUCUGUUCUGGGCUGGAGGAUCCACACUGUAAACUACACACACUCAAAUUAGCGGGCUGUAUUUUGUCAUCUGAAUCGUGUGAAUCUGUGGCGUCAGUUCUCCAGUCAGCGAACUCAUCCCUGAGAGAGUUGGAUCUCAGCUACAAUAACCUGAAAGAUUCAGGAGUCAAACUGCUCAGUGUAGAAUUGUUGAGUCCAAACUGUAAACUGCAGAAACUAGGAGUGGCGGGCUGUAAUCUCUCAUAUGAAUCCUGUGUAACUGUGGCCUUCGUUCUUCAGUCAGUGAACUCACCCCUGAGAGAGCUGCAUCUCAGCUUCAAUAACCUGACAGAUUCAGGUGUGAAGAAACUCUGUGUUGGACUGAUGAGUCAAAAUUGUAAACUACAAAAACUGGGGCUGAACGCGUGCAGUCUCACACAUGGCUGCUGUCUAGAUUUGGCCUCAGUCCUGACGUCUUCCCACUGUGAGCUGAGAGAACUGGAGCUGAGAGACAACGACCUGCGGGAUUCAGGAGUAAAGCUGCUCUCUGCUGGACUAGAGGAUCCAAAGUGUGAACUGAACACAUUAAGGCUUUCAGGCUGUCUAAUCACAGAGGAAGGCUGUGCUUCUCUGGCCUCAGCUCUGACAUCAAACCCCUCAUACCUGAGAGAACUGGAUCUGAGCUACAAUCACCCAGGAGAGAUGGGACGGAAGCUUCUCUUCAACCUGCUAGAAGAUCCACGCUGUAAACUGAAGAAACUUGAACUAGACCAUGGUGGAGAGUGCAGAAUGAAGCCUGGGCUUAGGAAAUAUGCCUGUCAGCUCACGCUGGAGCCCAACACAGCACACAGACUCCUCUCUCUGUCUGACAAAAACAGGACAGUUACAGGGACUCAUGUACAGCAGCCAUAUCCUGAUCAUCCCAAGAGAUUUAAAGUGUAUACCCAGGUUCUGUGUCAGGAGAUUCUGAUGGAGCACUGUUACUUUGAGGUGCAGUGGAGUGGGUCAAGAGUAUUUAUAGGAAUUACACAUAAGAAUAUCAACAAGAAUGAAGUGUGUGUAGGUGCGAAUAGCAAGGCGCUGAGCCUUUUCUGCAAGAAGGAUGGAUUCACAUUCUGGCACAAUGGUAAAGUGACAGCUGAAGGCUGUUUCCCUCAGGUCUAUGACAGAAUAGGAGUGUAUUUAGACCAGGCGGCUGGGAAUCUGAUCUUCUACAGCAUCUUCAAUGAGACACAAACACUCUUACACAAAGUGAACACCACAUUCAUUGAGCCCAUGUAUGUAGGAUUUAUGGUUUAUCGUGAUACCACUGUGUCUCUUUGCCAGAUGGAAUAG